UAUAUUAAGUCAGAUUGUUUAAAAGCAAAUGGGAGUGGCAAGGGAUAAGCUAUCAUCAUAUUGGUGGUGGUUUAACAGUGACAAAAAUACCACCCAAAACCGGUCGCCGUGGCUUCAAUCAACUCUAGCCGAACUAGAUGAGAAGACUGAGGCAAUGCUCAUGAUCAUUGAGGAAGAUGUAGAUACAUUCGCCCAAAGAGCGGAGAUGUAUUACAAGAAGCGACCACAGCUCAUUAACAUGAUUGAGGAAAUUUAUCAUGCCCAUCGGUUGUUAGCUGAGGGAUAUGAUCAAAUCAAGCAUACAACUGACCCGCGCAUUUUAGCAUCGUGGAAGUCUCCAAUGCCUUUCACAAAAUACUCAGAGGACAAAUUGAUCAACUCUAUGGAGAAAGCCUAUGACAGCUAUUCAGAAUCAUUUGGCCCUGAGUCCGAGUCCUUUGAUCUGUCAGAGAUAGAGGAUCCUGAUAACAACGAAGAAGAAAUCCAAAUCCAAGUAGAGAAGGCGAAAGUGGAAGUAUCAACUGGCCUUAGCCUUAAAACUGAUGAAGUACUGAAACUGAGGGAAGAAAUUGAGAGAUUGAAGGAAGAGAAUAGAAUCCAACAAGAGCUUCUAAUGCAGAAAGAUGAAGAGAAAAGAGAGGCAAUCAGACAGCUUUGUAUAGCUUUGGAUUUUCUGAGGGAGGAAAACAAUAAGCUGAGGAUGAGUGUAGCUACGACCUCUCCGAAAAAAGAAAACUCCAUUGAGCUCAAAGCAUCAAAGAAGGGGUUCUGGAAAAGGCUCUUUAGCUGAACUCCCAGUUCAGAGGCUGCAAUUGUUACUAAGAGCAACUGAUCAAGUACUAGUGAUUUAGCUAGUAUAUGCAGAAAGGCAUACUCAAAGAUUAUACUUCAUUUGUGUAGUAUUAUACCUCAGAAAUUAUUCUUGAUAU